UCCCGCUGCUACCGCCGCCAGCACUGCCACUGAGGACAUCCAGGUCCGGCCUCUGGGAGCCAGCGAGCGACCACUCCCGCUCCUCCCCGCCGGGCGGUGGCCCAGUCAUGUCAAGCCUUCCCCGAAGCCUCUUUCUGGGGCUCUGUGUCCUGGUCCUUUUGAAAAUUGCUGUGUUCCAGAACACCAAAGAUUCUCAAUGUCGUCGUAGAGGGUGUCCCCAAAAUGCCAUUUGUGUCAACAAGACCCACUGUGCCUGUGAGGAUGGAUUUGUUACUACGAGUGGGGAGAAAUACUUCAGUGACUUUCUGGAGAUCUGUGACGAUGUUAAUGAAUGUGUACCACCCAUUAAAAUCUUUUGUGGUAUGAAUGCAGACUGUGUUAAUACAUAUGGAAGCUACCACUGCACCUGCAUCCCUGGAUAUGCACUUCCUUCUGGGGAGAAAAACUUCCCAAAUGCUUCUAUGAACAACUGUCAAGAUGUGGAUGAAUGUCAGCACAAUAGCUCUCUCUGUGCCCCCCAUGGGGUCUGCCUAAAUACUCCUGGAAGCUAUAUGUGCACAUGCAAGCCAGGAUUCGCCAAACGAAAUGGGAAUCACUUCAUGGAAUGCGUAGAUAAAAAUGAAUGUCAGAACAAAUCGCUCUGUGAGCCAAACGGAGUCUGUGAGAAUACUGUCGGAAGCUAUGUGUGCAAAUGCAAACCGGGCUUUGUCCAUAGCCGCGAGAACCCGGCUGAGUGUGUAGAGAUCAGCAUCCCUUCCUGGAAACCACCCCCUGAAGUCCAACAGGACUUCCUCAGCCAUCUGAGCUCUAUGCCCAGCAAAUUCAAAGCUGCCUCUGCCCAAAAUUCCAUUGAGAAUUUUGUGCAGGAUAUGGAGCAACUUCUGAAGAUAUCCCAAAACAUGGAGCAUCUACCUGUAGAGAUUCGGCUUCAAGUGGCCACGUACAUGCUCUCUAUCACUGAACAUAUCCUUCGAGACCUUGCCCAGGCCAUGCCCAAUGGAGGCGCAGUGUUCCAUACUAAGAACGGCACAGAACUGUCCCUGAAGAUUAUGGACAAACCGAUGGGGAUCACUGAGAUAGGCAGGAGCCAUGCAAAGAUGGCACUGGACUGGAAUCUGGCUUUGAAGGAUGAUGGCUCAGAACCAGCUGUUGUGGGCCUAUUCUCCACUUCUAAUAUGGAGAAACUGCUGGCCCAAGCCCCGCUCGUCUUGGACCCUGAGAAGCAGGCUCAUCUACAGGAAGUGAAUGAAGGCCCAGUAAAAGGGGGCAUUCCCGUUUUGCUCUCUGCUGUCAGCACGGCCUUCCUGAGCAACAAGAACACGGCAUAUCUCAACCCCCCUGUCACUUUUGCCUUCACCCACUCAAAAAAGCCCAGCCUGAAGCCAAGGCAGGAAGUGAUCUGUGCCUUCUGGCAGCAUAACAAUAAUGGGAGCGGUCACUGGGCAACUGCGGGCUGUCGGCGGGUGGGGACCAAUGAGAGCAGCACCACCUGCAGCUGUAACCACCUCAGCAGCUUCGCCAUCCUCGUGGCCCACUAUGAAGUGGAGGACUGGACGCUGUCGGUGAUCACCCAGGUGGGGCUGAGCGUGUCCCUGGUCUGCCUCCUGCUCUGCAUCCUCACCUUCCUGCUGUGCCGCUCCAUCCAAGGCUCCCGCACCACCAUCCACCUGCACCUGUGCCUCUGCCUCUUCGUCGGUUCCGCCGUCUUCCUGGCUGGCAGCACCAACCCUGGCCAAGGGCAGGUGGGGCUGCGCUGCCGCCUAGUGGCCGGCCUGCUGCACUACUGCUUCCUGGCCGCCUUCUGCUGGAUGUGCCUCGAGGGCCUGGAGCUCUACUUCCUCGUGGUGCGCGUGUUCCCGGGGCCCGGCCUCCGCACGCGCUGGCUCUGCCUGCUCGGCUACGGGACGCCCGCCCUCAUCGUGGCCAUCUCGGCCGCAGUCUACAGCCAGGGCUACGGCCGGCCGCGCUACUGUUGGCUGAGCCUGAAAAAUGGCUUCAUCUGGAGCUUCCUAGGACCCAUUACACUCAUCAUUGCAUUCAAUGCCUUCAUCUUUGUGGUCACUGUCUGGAAACUCACCCAGAAGUUCUCAGAGAUCAACCCUGACAUGAAAAAGUUAAAGAAAGCUAGGAUGCUGACCUUCACAGCCAUUGCUCAACUCUGCAUCCUGGGCUGUACCUGGAUUUUUGGUUUGUUCCUAUUUGGCCCUCAGAGUCAGGUCCUGGUCUACAUUUUCACCAUCCUCAACUGCUUCCAAGGCUGCUUCCUCUUUCUGCUGCAUUGUCUUCUCAACAAGAAGGUUCGAGAAGAAUACCGGCGCUGGGCCUGCAUCGUCACCAAGAGCAAGUACAACGAGUUUUCCACCUCUACAACGAGCCAGAGCCAGAGCCGGGCCCUCAGACCCUCGCUGGAGUCUGGGAUGUGAUCGGCACCAACGAGCCCCACGGGGACACAGCAGCUUUUGCACAUGCCAAAGAACGAUUCUGCCACCUCUUCUCUAGCCUCUUGCCUACUACUCCUAGGGAGGCCAUCUUCCUGUCAAGGCAGGCCUCAUUCAGGGGACACCCAGCUCUAGGAAUGCAGAGCCAGACCUCAAGGGAAUCAAAACGGAGCCCCUGCUAGCCCAAGGGCUGGAGGAAAACUCCCCAGGCUUAGAAACAAGCAGCUGGUGAUACCCUCCCCCCAGAGCCCGCCCCCUGGGGAGGGUGCUCUCUGGGCCAGGUCUGGGCCUCUGUUCCCUCCCCCAGCUUUGGCACCAAAGGCCAGGAUCACAGAAGAUAUGGAACUGGGCCCCAUUUCCUUUUUCUCACAUUAAGGAAAGAGUGUGACAUCAGUGACUGAGGCAAACGGUACAAAAGGGCUCAUCCCCAUCCCUAUCUACUAAUAGGGAGUGGGGGGGCACAGGCAGCUCUGUUAGUGGACUUUUAAAAAUUUGUUUAUAUUUAUCUUUUUUUAAAGCUUUCUAAGGUUGAUAUUUCAGAUUAAACAGGUUGAGUUGA